UCAGCCUCCUCCGUCUUUCUCCAUUUCUUCACCGCUCAUUCGUUCAUUCUCACUCCGUCUUUUUCUCCCCACAGUGCACGCGGUUGUGUCAAAGAUGGCAGAAGCUUUCGUCGGCACGUGGAACCUUAAGGAGAGCAAGAAUUUCGAUGAGUAUAUGAAAGCCCUUGGUGUCGGUUUUGCGACACGCCAGGUGGGCAGCAUGACCAAACCCACCACCAUCAUUUCCAUUGAAGGUGAUGUCAUCACACUAAAGACAGUCAGCACCUUCAAGAGUACAGAAAUCAACUUCAAGCUGGGAGAGGAGUUUGAUGAGACCACAGCAGAUGACCGUAAAGUCAAGUCAGUGGUGACCAUUGAGGGGAAUAAGCUGAUUCACAUUCAGAGAUGGGAGGGCAAGGAGACGUCACUUGUCCGAGAAGUUAAUGGAAACAGCCUCACACUGACACUAACCCUUGGCGACGUGGUCUGCACACGAUCCUACCUGAAAGCAGAGUAAAGUUUCUCCUACAACUGUCUUUGUUCUUACUGAAAAAGCCUUUGCCUUGUGAAGUGUGUUUCCUACAGUUGUCAAUAGUCCAUGUUUCAAAGAAAGUAAUAAAUCUCAGCUUACAUCCCCAUAAA